AACCCCUGGUUGCUAUUGAAAAGCCUGAUGCCAUGGUGACUCCUGAUCCUUAGUAUGUGACCUGCUUCUUUCUAUCUGAAAGUGGUUAGGGUCUUCUCUCCCCUCCUCCCCCAAUACUCUGAAAUCUCAUGUCAGACCUUCCAUGGGUGUCUUUGCACCCAUCAUAAGAGACCCCUUUUCAUCAAGAGACUUGUAGCUCAGUCCUAUGAAAUCUUCUCGUGUGUUUUUUUCCGAAGUCCUUUCUUUUCCUUUGGUCCUUCUGAUUUGAACUCUUUGGUUGGAUGCUAGACGUUCUGGACUGCUUCUCUAAGUCUUUCUCUUGGUCCUUCUCUCCUGCUCUCAUCUUAUUUCCUCUCACUGGAUUUUAAAUUUCCACCCUUGUAGUUUUCAUUUCCCAGAGCGUUCUGGUGUUCUCUGUCUGGUUUUCAUGGCAUCCCUGGAAGGAUGUCAAGAGAGGAGGGUCAGGGACAGAUAAAGUAGCCUGGGCUCACUGUGCCUUCCCCUCUUCCCUAAGAGCCGCCUCUGAGGUCCCAUAUGGCUCCUCCAGUCUGGACUCUGGUGCUGCUGGUGGGGGCCGCCUGGGGCCAGGGCCACAUGCCUGCCCCUGUCCGGAAGGGGAAGCCUUCAGAAUGGAAGCCAGUUGCCCGCAACUCUAGGGAUAACUCUGUUCUCACUCAGUGUGACUUUGAGAAUAACUCCAACCCCCUCUGUGAUUGGACCCAAGUGUCCACAGAUGACGGGGACUGGACUCGAGCCAGUGGACCCUCCCCCAUCGGCAGUACGGGUCCCCCCGGGGGCUACCCCAACGGAGAGGGCUACUACCUGCACAUGGCAUCAAGCACCUUCCACCGGGGCGGGGUGGCCCGCCUACGCAGCCCCCCCGUAUGGGAGCAAGGCCCCCUCUGCGUGCACUUCGCCUACCACCUGUUCGGGCUCUCGUGGGGCGCCCAGCUCAAACUGCUGCUGCUCAGAGGCACCAAGAAGAAGCGUCCCAGCCUGCUCUGGAAACGUACUAACACCCAGAGCCCCUCCUGGAUUCCCACCGCUGUCACCGUGCCUAUGGGGCUUGCCCUGCCCAGGCGGGUGAUGUUUGAAGGAGUGAGGGGCAGCACGGCUUACCUGGACACUGCUCUGGAUGCCAUCUCCAUCCACAGGGGCUCCUGCAAUCGAGUCUGCAUGAUGCAAAUGUGCAGCUUUGACAUUCCAAAUGAUCUCUGUGGCUGGAGCUGGAUCCCGACAGCCUCUGGGGCCAAGUGGGUCCAGAAGAAGGGGUCUUCCGGGGUGCUGAAAGUGGGGCCUGAGGACGAUUUCUCUAGCCCUGGUGGUGGCUUCUACAUGCUCCUGGACCCCAAGAAUGCAAAACCGCGGCAGAAAUCUGUCCUCCUGAGUCCCCUGAGCCAGUCCUCUGGCUGUUUGAGCCUGUCCUUCCACUACAUCCUCUAUGUCCAGUCACCUGGUGCAGCCCUCGCCAUCUAUGCUUCUGUCUUGGGCAGCAUCAGGAAACACACUCUCUUCUCAGGACAACCUGGACCUAAUUGGCAGCCUGUUACUGUCAAUUACACAGCCCAGGGACAAAUUCAGUUCACUGUGGUGGGUGUGUUUGGAGAGACCCCAGAGCCAGCUGUGGCAGUGGAUGCUAUCAGCAUUGCUCCCUGUGGGGAGAGCUUUCCUCAGUGUGACUUUGACGAUGAUGCCCAUCCCUUCUGUGACUGGGCCCAGGCAUCAGGGGAUGGUGGACGCUGGACCCGGGGAAGUAAAAAUAUGCACAUCCAGGGUACAGGUGCUUUUGGAGGUUCCCUUAAUGGAGAAGGUCGCUAUAUCUAUUUCGAGGCUGACAAGUUCUCUGAGGCAGGCCAGUCUUGCAGACUGGUGAGCCGGCCCUUCUGUGCCCUGAGUGCGAUCUGUGUGGAGUUUGCUUACCACAUGUAUGGCCUAGGAGAGGGCGCUAAACUCAGUCUCCUGCUGGAGAGUCCCGCAGGCAGUUUCCCGACUUCUCUCUGGCACCGCGUUGGGUCUCAGAGCCCCGACUGGCUGAACACCUCCGUCACUAUCCCUUCGGGGCAUCAACAGCCCAUGCAGCUGAUAUUGGAGGCCAUCAGAGGGACCAACACUGCCUUUGUUGUCGCUGUGGGUUUUAUCUUGAUCAAUCACGGGACUUGUAGAGGAACUAUGCCAACAGUGCUUCCUUCCAAAUCUCCAGUUCCCCCCACUGGGCCUUCUGAAACCCUUGUCUCCACAGAAAAACCUAGGACUCCCACAGAAAAACCUACAGUCCCCAAAGAAAAACCUAUGGCCACCACAGAAAAACCCACUGUCCCCAGUGAAAUAUCCACUGUCCUCACAGAAAAACCCAUGGCCCUCACAGGAAAACCCAUGACCCCCACAGAAAAACCUAUGACACCCCAAAUAAAACCUAUGGCCCUCACAGAAAAACCCACUGUCACCACAGUAAAGCCCAUAGUCCCAACAGAAAAGCCCACUAUUCCCACUAAAAAACCCACUGUCCCCUCUGAAGAGACCAUUGUGCCCUCUGAAGAGACCACUGUCCUUCCCAAAGAGCCCACCAUCUCCACUGGAAAACCUACCAUCCCCACUGGAAAGCCUACCAUCCCCACUAAAAAGUCCACUAUACCCCCUGAAAAGCCCAGUAUCUCCACAGAAAAGCCCAUUGUCCACACAGAAAGACCUACUGUCCACACUGAAAGGACCACCAUCCACACUGAAAGGUCCACUGUCCCCAUAGAAAAACCCACUAUGCCCACUGAAAGGCCCACCAUCCCCACAGAAAAAUCUACCCUUCCCACAGAGAAACCCACCACCCCUACUGAAAAGACCACCAUCCCCACAGAAAAAUCUACCCUUCCUAAAGAAAAACCCACCGUCCCCACUGAAAGGCCCACAGUGCCCACAGAAAAACCCACUGUCCCCACUGAAAGUUCCACCAUCCCCACAGAAAAACCUACCCUUCCCACAGAAAAACCCACCGUCCUUACUGAAAGGCCUACCAUCCCCACAGAAAAACCCACCACCCCUACUGAAAAGACCACCAUCCCCACAGAAAAACCUACCCUUCCUAAAGAAAAACCCACCGUCCCCACUGCAAGUUCCACCAUCCCCACAGAAAAAUCUACCCUUCCCACAGAAAGACCCACCAUCCACACAGAAAAGCCUACACUUCCCACGGAAAAGCCCACCGUCCUUACUGAAAGGCCUACCAUCCCCACAGAAAAAAACACCAUCCCUACUGAAAAGACCACCAUCCCCACAGAAAAACCUACCCUUCCCACAGAGAAACCCACCAUCCCCACAGAAAAAUCUACCCUUCCCACAGAGAAACCCACCACCCCUACUGAAAAGACCACCAUCCCCACAGAAAAACCUACCCUUCCUAAAGAAAAACCCACCAUCCCCACUGAAAGGCCCACAGUUCCUACAGAAAAGCCCACUGUCUCCAUUGAAAGGCCCACCAUCCCCACAGAAAAACCUACCCUUCCCACAGAAAAACCUACCCUUCCCACAGAAAAACCCACCGUCCUUACUGAAAGGCCUACCAUCCCCACAGAAAAACCCACCACCCCUACUGAAAAGACCACCAUCCCCACAGAAAAACCUACCCUUCCUAAAGAAAAACCCACCAUCCCCACUGAAAGGCCCACAGUUCCUACAGAAAAACCCACUGUCUCCAUUGAAAGGCCCACCAUCCCCACAGAAAAACCUACCCUUCCCACAGAAAAACCUACCCUUCCCACAGAAAAACCCACCGUCCUUACUGAAAGGCCUACCAUCCCCACAGAAAAACCCACCACCCCUACUGAAAAGACCACCAUCCCCACAGAAAAACCUACCCUUCCCACAGAGAAACCCACCAUCCCCACUGAAAGGUCUACAGUUCCCACAGAAAAACCCACUGUCCCCACUGAAAAGACCACUGUCUCCACUGAAAACCCCCCUGUCCCCACUGAAAGGCCUACCACCCCUACUGAAAAGACCACCAUCCCCACAGAAAAAUCCACUGUCCUCACUGAAAAGACCACCGUCCCUACUGGAAGGCCUACCAUCCCCACAGAAAAAACCACCAUCCCUACUGAAAAACCCACUGUCCCUACAAAAAACCCCACCAUCCCCACAAAAAUAUCUACUUUUGCCACUGAAUGGCACACAGUUCCUACAAUACCCCAGCCCAGCCCAACACUUGUACCCAUUGGGCCAACAGUCUUGGUGAUGCCUUCUACUGCUCCAAGUACCUCCACGACCGCUACAACCCCUGGACGCACUCCAGCGAGGUGUCCCCCAAAUGCCCACUAUGAGCGCUGCACCUGCCCAGCAUCCUGUGAGAGACCCAAGCCCAACCGUGGGCCCCCCUGCAAACCUGGCUGUGGCUGCAAUUCUGGCUUCUUGUUUCGGGGAUCCCUCUGCAUCAAUGCCUCGUCCUGCAAUUGCUUCUACAACAACAAUUACUAUAAGCCUGGGGCAGAGUGGUUCAGCUCCAACUUCACAGAACGUUGCCGCUGCAGGCCUGGCAGUCGGAUGGAGUGCCAGAUCUCUCAGUGUGGGACUCACACAGUGUGCCAGCUGAAGAACGGCCACUACGGAUGCCAACCCUAUGGCACCGCCACCUGCACCGUCUACGGAGACCCGCACUAUCUCACCUUUGAUGGAAGACACUUCAACUUCAUGGGCAAAUGCACCUACGUCUUGGCCCAACCUUGUGGCAACUCGACAGAGCCAUUCUUCAGAGUGGCGGCAAAGAAUGAAGAUCGAGGACAGGAAGGCAUGUCCUGCCUGAGCAAAGUCUACGUGACCCUGCAUGAGAUCACCAUCACCCUGCUCAGGGACAGGCGCACGCUGGUUGGGGGGAAGCAAGUCUCUCUCCCAGCGGUACCUUCUAAAGGAAUCUUCCUGGCUUCAAGUGGGCAGUUUGUGGAGCUGCAGACAGCGUUUGGUUUGCGGGUGAGAUGGGAUGGCAACCAGCAGCUGUAUAUAAGUGUGCCCAGCACCUACUCUAGCAAACUCUGUGGCUUCUGUGGCAACUAUGACGGGGACGGUAGCAAUGACAACCAGAAGCCCGACGGUAGCCCAGCGCUGGACGAUGAGGAGCUGGGCAACAGCUGGCAGACGGCAGAGGACGAGGACAAGGAGUGCCAGAAGAACCCGACAGUUCCUCCCUCGUGCAAGUCAGGCUUGCAGAACAGUCUGUCGGGACUACAGUUCUGUGGACGGCUCUUGGACACCCGCGGAGCCUUUGAGGCAUGUCUGCCUCACCUCAAGGCCUCCUCGUUCUUCAAGAGCUGCACGUUUGACAUGUGUAAAUUCCAGGGGCUGCAGCCAGUGCUGUGUGCCCAUAUGGCAGCCUUGACUGAGAUCUGCCAGGAUGCUGGCUAUGCCGUGAAGCCUUGGAGGGGACCCCAAUUCUGCCCAAUGACCUGCCCGCCCAACAGCACGUACACGCUGUGUGCCAGGGUGUGCCCCGCCACCUGCCAUUCUGGGUUCUCUGGCAUGGCCUACCAGAACCGGUGUGUGGAGGGCUGUGAGUGCAACCCGGGCUUCGUCCUCAGCGGUCUCCAGUGUGUCCCCCACUCCCAGUGUGGGUGCCUCGAGCCCACACUGGGCUACUUCAAGGUAGGGGAGCGGUGGUUCAAGCCAGGCUGCAGACAGCUCUGUACCUGCGAGAGCAACAAUAAAAUUCGCUGCACGCAGUGGAGGUGUCAGGCCCAGGAGGUCUGUCGUCAGCAGGAUGGCAUCUAUGGCUGCCAUGCCCUAGGGGCCGCCACCUGCACCGUCUCAGGGGACCCCCACUACCUGACGUUCGACGGAGCCUUGCACCACGUCGUGGGCACCUGCAGCUACAUCCUGACCAGGCCUUGCCAGUCUAGGUCUCUAGAGAGCUACUUCAUCGUGAGCGCCACCAAUGAGUUUCGCAGUGGGAACUUGGAGGCCUCUUAUGUCAGAUCCGUUCACCUGCACAUCUUCAACCUGAGAAUCUCGCUCAUCAAAGGCCACAAGGUCAUGCUGAAUGGUCGCCGAGUGGCCCUGCGUGUGUGGCCUGCGCAAGGCCGGGUGAGCAUAAGGCCUAGCGGUUCCUUUAUCCUCCUCUACACGGACUUUGGGCUUCAAAUUCCCUACGAUGGGAAGCAUCUGGCCGAAGUGACAGUGCCCUCCUCCUAUGCUGGCCGGCUCUGCGGGCUGUGUGGCAACUACAACAACAAUAGCCUGGAUGACAAUCUGCUCCUGGACAAAAGGCCUGUGGCCAGCUCGGAUGGCCUGGGCGUCGCCUGGAAGUUCCCUGAUUACUCUGAAACAGGCUGCUUUGCUAAGAGUCCGAAGCCCUCCAGAUGCCAGGAGAACAGAGGGGCAAACAGCUGGGAAAAGAACUGUGAUGUCUUAAUGGACCCUCAGGGACCCUUCUCUCAGUGCCACGGGGUGGUGCCUCCCCAGUCCAGCUUCGCCAGCUGUGUGUAUGGCCAGUGUGGGACCAAGGGGGACACCCUGACCCUGUGCCGCUCCCUGCAGGCCUAUGCAUCCCUGUGCGCGCAUGCUGGCCAGGCCCCUUCCUGGCGGAAUGGCACCUUCUGCCCUCUGAAGUGCCCGUCCAGCAGCAGCUACAGCCCCUGUGCCAACCCCUGCCCAGCCACCUGCCUCAGCCUGACGGCCCCCAGAGACUGCCCAGCAGCACUGCCCUGUACGGAGGGCUGUGAGUGCCAGAAAGGUCACAUCCUGAGUGGAACCUCCUGUGUGCCCCUCAGCCAGUGCGGCUGCAUCGACCAGGAGGGCUACUACCACCCGGUCGGGGAGAGAUGGUACGCGGACCACACCUGUUCCAGGCUCUGCACCUGCUCCACUCGCAACGCCAUCUCCUGCCAGCAGGCCGCCUGCAAGCCUGGCCAGAUGUGCUGGCCCCUGGAUGGGCUGCUACACUGCCGGGCUUCAGGUAUGGGAGUGUGCCGUAUCUCAAACCACUCUCAGUACCUGAGCUUCGAUGGCACUUACCACACCAUCAGGGACACCUGCACUGGUAUCCUGGUGAAAGUGUGCCACCCCACCAUGGACCUGCCUUUCUUCAAGAUCAGCAUCAAGUAUGGGAAGAAGAGAGGCCAAUCCGCUGUUUCCUACCUCCACCAGGUCAACGUUGACUUCUUUAAUACCCUCAUUACCUUGAUAAAGGACCACCGUGUGCUGAUCAACGGCACACAGGUCACCUUUCCCUUCGCCACCGAGAUCCGAGGGCUCAGAAUCAGUAUUGUUGGCAACAACACCGUACUCUAUUUUAACACCGGGGUCCAGGUCAAGUUUGACGGCAAAGAUUUCUUUGAGGUCCAGCUCCCUGCAGCCUAUUACCAAAAGGUCUGUGGCUUGUGCGGAAACUUCAAUGGUGAGGAAGAGGAUGAGCUCAUGAUGCCCAAUGACGAAUUAGCCCAGAAUGACGCUGAAUUUGUGGAGAGUUGGCAAGAUAAGGAGUCUCACCCAAAUUGCCAAAAAGAGAGCCAGGAGACCCAAGCAUACCUAGUGAGAGCCCAGGAACAAUGCCAGGCAGCCUUUCAGACUCCGGCCUGGACUGAGUGUGCCACCUACGUGUUCCUCAAGCCCUUCCUGCUCAAGUGUAUCCACAACCUCUGUCAGUUUGGAGGCCUACGCCAUGCCCUCUGUGGAUCUCUGGAAAACUUCGCAGCCGCCUGCCGGGCCCGGGGGCUCCAGCCCCCAAUCUGGAGAAACAGCAGUUUCUGCCCCCUGGAAUGCCCCAUACACACCCAGUAUUCGUCCUGCGUUCCCUCCUGCUUACCUUCCUGCGUGGACCCAUCAGGCCAGUGCAGUGACACCCAAGUCCCCACCAUCUGCAAGGAGGGCUGCAUUUGUCAGUCUGGCUUCGUGCUCAGUGGGAAAGAGUGUGUACCCAGGAGUCAGUGUGGCGGCUGCACAGACGACUAUGGCAGCUCCUUCCCUGAGGGUAAGACCUGGAUCACCAUUCGCUGCACCAGAAGGUGUGCCUGCACUUUGGGAACCGUUCACUGCCAGCAGUUCAGCUGCCCCUCUGGCUCCCAUUGUGAGCCCCAAUCUGACAGCACGGGCACCUGUGACGUUAACACAUCAGAACAAUGCUCAGUUUACGGGGACCCCCAUUACCGCACAUUUGAUGGCCUCAGCUACCUAUUCCGGGGCCGCAUGACUUACACUCUGAUAAAGACGGUGGACGCGCUCCCCACUGGGGCGGCGCCUCUGAUCGUCGAGGGGCGCAACAAAGUGUAUUUGCCCUGGAGCCCCGUCUACCUGCACGAAAUCAUCGUGGUGAUCUAUGGCUACACAGUCCAGCUCCGGGCUCAUCUGGAGCUCGUGGUCAACAACCAGAAGGUGGGCAUCCCCUACCAGCCCGAUGACCGUCUGCGGGUUAACCUGCGAGGCCACCGCCUGUUUCUGAUCACUGACUUCGAGAUGCUUGUCCGCUUUGACGGAGGCAAAAAUGCAGUGAUCACGCUGCCCAACAAGUACAAGGGGCUCGUGCGUGGCCUGUGCGGUAACUUUGACGGGAACAAGAGGAAUGACUUCGUGCUGCCCAACGGCACCAUCACCCAAGACCUCAUCGGCUUUGGCAACAGUUGGGAGGUACACGGGAUCAGUGGCGGCCUCGCCCGCUUCGCAAGGGCCAUACCGGAGGAGGAAGAGGAGGAAGGGGAGGAGUCAGGCUCCGACACUUCGGAAUGCACCCCGGAGCGGCUGGCGCUCAUCAACAGCACCCAGGCGUGUAGGGUGCUGGUGGACCCCCAGGGCCCCUUUGCUGCCUGUCACCAGACUGUGGCCCCCGAGCCCUUCCAGGAGCACUGUGUGUUUGAUCUGUGUACCGCCCAGACCCCCAAAGAGCAGGAGGAACUUCGCUGCCAGGUCCUCAGCGGCUACGCCAUCAUCUGCCAGGAGGCGGGAGCCACCCCGGCCGGCUGGCGGGACCUCACCGGCUGUGCCUUGGCGUGUCCGGCCAACACCGUCUAUCAGAGCUGUAUGACACCCUGCCCAGCCUUCUGUGCCAACUUGGCAGCCCCUAGGGACUGCAAGGGACCCUGUGUGGAAGGCUGUGCCAGCCUCCCAGGCUACAUCUACAGUGGUGCCCGGAGCCUCCCCGUGGCCCACUGUGGCUGCACCAGCAACGGCAUCUACUACCAGCGGGGUGACAGCUUUGUGACCGAGGAUUGCUCUCAGCGCUGCACCUGCGCCAGCUCGGGGGUGCUGCUGUGUGAGCCCCUCCGCUGUCGUGCCGGGGAGAUCUGCACCCUGGGGAACCUCACUCGUGGCUGCUUCCGAGAAAGCCCAUGUCUACGGAACCCCUGUCAAAAUGAUGGACGGUGCCAGGAGCAGGGAACCCACUUCACCUGUGAGUGUGAACUCGGUUACGGGGGGCACCUCUGCACAGAGCCCCAGGAUGCGCCACCCCCUGGAAAACCAGAAGCAUCCAGCUUUGUGGCCAUCCUGUUGGGGAUGCUCGUGCCUGUGGUGGUCAUAGUGCCGGCAGUGACCUGGGAAUGUGUUUCCAGGAAGAGGAGGAGGAGGGAGAAAACGCAGAGCCAGAACAGAGAACAGGCUGGCCGAUGCUGGUGAGAACCAUCCCGGCCCCACAAAACCUUGGCGACUGGGAGCUGAGUCUGCCUCUAACGCGGGGUUUUCUCACUUUCUCCUCAGAUUUCGUUCCAGAGCAUGCCCUUAGAGUCCCUCAGUUUUGAGUUGCCCUCAAAAAAGGAGAGAGAAAAUUAAAAUUUAUUUUUGAAAUGUGAA